GUGCACGACUAUCUCCGCACGAACCUGUGCUCGCUCUACGAGAACGACUUCAUCUUCGACAAGUUCGAGUGCUGCUGGAACGGCAACGACACCCACAUCAUGACCGGAUCCUACAACAACUUCUUCCGGGUGUUCGACCGCGAGAGCAAAAAGGACGUGACACUCGAGGCGUCGCCUGACAUCGCCAAGCCCAAGACAAUACUCAAGCCUCGCAAGGUGAGCCCUCAGACGCGCCGGAAAAAGGAUGAGAUCGCUGUGGACUGCUUGGACUACAACAAGAAGAUCCUGCACACUGCCUGGCACCCGCACGAGAACACGAUCGCCGUGGCGGCCACCAACCAGCUCUACAUCUUCCACGAGAAGGACUUCUAGCCGGCGGCGACCAGGACUCGGGGAUCUGACUCUCCGCGCCGCUAGCCGAUGAAUCAAAUGAGCCGCCGGCGGUGGGCAGAACUCUGAGCUCUGCGCCCGACCGAGCGGCCGGCAGCGGCCGACCUGUGGCCCCCGCCACCGCCGGCCACCGCCACCGGUCCGGUCCAUCCCGGUGACCCGGCGGGCCGGCAGCGCACGCCGACACUACCAGCGGCCCGCGGCCGGCCAGUGCCGGCCCAGCGCGACCGGCGGCGCUUUUAUUUGUGAACUGUUUACCCGCAACUGUGCUGAGGCGAGACGAUGAAUAGUGCUGCCGUGUUUUUGAUUGGAGCGAGCGGGCCGGCGGGCCCGGCGGCCGGCGCCGCGGCUGACGAACAUUCCGCGGCACGCGACCCUGGCCGGUCGGCCGACGGCCGGACACUGAGAAGCGAGUGGCGCGGGCCGGCGUGCCCACCCACAGACGGAGCGGGCAGGGCGGCGGACGCUCGCCGCCGCCCCCAGAGCGAGCGAGACCGCUGCGAACAGCACGGGCCGUGAGUAAAAUAAACAUGUCCAUUGCGA